UGAUCUGUUCCCAAUACACAAACCACAAUUAACAUGAAGACUUCAUCCAUUUCCACUCUUUUCUUCAUUCUUUUUGUUAUCUUUUCGUGCUCGUCGGCAGCUUUUGCUGAUGAUCAUGAUGAUUUUCUUGAAUGUCUCUCUGAAGAGUUCCACAACUACACCUCAAUUUCCAGGGUUGUUUACACCCCAACCAACUCAUCUUAUCCCUCCAUUCUUCGAUUUUCUAUUCAAAACCUGAGAUUCACGUCCGAAUCCACCCCGAAGCCGCUGGUUAUCAUAACCCCGGAGCACGAAUCCCACAUUCCCCCUGUCAUCUACUGUGCAAAAGAAAAUGACAUGGAAAUUAGAACUAGAAGUGGGGGGCAUGAUUACGAGGGAUUGUCUUAUGUAUCUCAACUCCCGUUUGUGAUCAUUGAUUUGAUCAACCUUAGUGAAGUAACAGUUGAUGCUGAGCAGAAAACUGCAUGGGUUGAAGCUGGUGCAACCAUUGGAUCAUUGUAUUAUAGGAUCGCGGAGAAAAGCCCAACGCUAGGGUUUCCAGCCGGUGUUUGCCCAACUGUUGGUGUUGGCGGGCACUUCAGUGGAGGAGGCUACGGCACAUUGCUAAGAAAAUACGGGCUGGCUGCAGAUAAUGUUAUUGAUGCAAGAAUAAUAGACGUCAAUGGCAGGAUUCUCGACAGAGAGUCUAUGGGUGAAGACUUAUUUUGGGCCAUUAGGGGCGGUGGAGGUGCCAGUUUCGGUGUGAUUCUUGCAUGGAAAAUACAAUUGGUUGAUGUUCCAGAAAGAGUCACUGUUUUCACAAUCCACAAGACUUUGGAACAAAAUGCCACUCAAUUGAUUCACCGCUGGCAAUACAUCGCGCAUAGAUUCGACUCGGAUUUAUUCAUCCGAGUCCUCAUCAGAAGGGUGAAUUCCAGCCAGGAUGGAAGGAACAUGACUAUUCGUGCUUCUUUCAAUUCAAUUUUCCUUGGCGGGAUCGAUAGAUUGCUCCCUUUGAUGCAGAAAGGUUUUCCCGAAUUGGGCUUGGUGAGAGAAGACUGUACAGAGAUGAGUUGGAUCCAAUCCAUCCUGUAUUUUGCUGGAUUCCCCAUGGAAUCAUAUGAAGUUUUGCUGAAUAGGACACAACCCAGCGUGAGAUACUUCAAAGCAAAAUCCGAUUAUGUGCAGAAACCCAUUCCCGUAAACGGGCUGGAAGGUAUCUGGAGACUGUUCUAUGAACCUGAAGCCAAGGAGGCCGAGGUCAUCUUAAGCCCAUAUGGUGGAAGAAUGGAUGAAAUUUCUGAAUCCGCAAUUCCAUUUCCUCAUCGGGCUGGUAAUCUGUACAAAAUCCAACAUCUGGUGUACUGGGAAGAAGAGGAGGCUCAAAAUUCCGACAGGUACAUAAGCUGGAUUAGGAGGCUUUACAGCUACAUGGCUCCUUACGUUUCCAGGUUUCCAAGGGCAGCAUACAUCAAUUAUAGAGAUCUGGACAUUGGAGUGAAUAAUAAUGAAGGGAAGAUAAGCUAUGCACGAGCAAGCGUUUGGGGCAUCAAGUACUUCAAAAACAAUUUUGAUCGAUUGGUCAGGGUGAAAACUGCGAUUGAUCCAGAGAAUUUCUUUAGGAAUGAACAGAGCAUUCCUCCAAGAUGGACAAAGAAAGAUGACUAAUUAAGAUACAUUGUUCUACAAACAUAUACUUCUUAUAUGCUUCACUUCAUUUCAUUUCUUUAUUUAAUGUAUUUGUAUGUGAAUAAGGCAUUGUAGUAAUUAUUUGAUGUCAUUUGUAGCAUAAUGAUUUGUCUUUCCGUCAUGAUAUUGUACUAAUAAAUUGAUUCAUUGGUGAAAAAUAAACUCUAAUUUAGGCC